CCGACUUCUCACUGUGUCUGUACUUCCUGUGGGAUAUCUCUGGCAGCUGGCAAUUGGCAUGGCCGCGGACUUGUGCUUGUGCCUGUCCUCAUGCCACGAGAUGUUGUACAGAACUAUUAGGAGCCACGCACCACCUUGGACAUGACGAGGCGCAUGCCAACGAUAAGUAAUCGCCCACUGCCUGCUGUAAUCCCCUCUUCCCUUGCGUCCGUGGGCUCACCGGACUCGCUUCGCCCGAAAAUCCAGCAGUUUUAUGCCAGUCCAGUGAACUGACAUGGAAGCCUGAGAAUGUCUCAAUGGGCCAGCGGCGGGCGCGGGGUCUCACCGAUGACAUGAAACAACCAUGCUGGGAAGACGAGCAAGAGAAUUCAGCCAAAGCCGGGCGAAGGGUAUGACGAGGCGGAUGGCAGCAUGAAAGCCAUCUGGAAUGCUCUCAUAUCGCAGCACAGCGCCGGGGAGAAAGAGAGUAGCCGCCAGUCCGGGCCAUCAAGGAGAGAAUUGAUUCGGUAGAAGCCGAGAUAGCACGUUUGUAUCGUUACUUGCCACCACUGCUUGUUGCAGUGCAUAGGAGUCGUGAUGCUGUGCUGGAGCCCUGCCUUGCUGAUGAGCGUCCGAAGGCUGUCUGUCAGUGACAGGUUGUUCGACGUCCAUGGCAGAUGGCUCAACGGGCCAAGCCGCCGGGCCCACAAGACCAUAUGGGCGACACCUGAUGCUGGAAAGCCGGUCUUGUCGAUAGCGCAAGCACCAAAAGAAAACUCCGACCUGGAUAUCGACUGGUUCGGCUGGGCACCUGGGCAGCCAGCCUCUUGGGAUCUGCGAGAGCAAACUGAUCAUCAAUAUCAAUGGCUGUGCUGGCGUACGGGAUAUGUAUGUCUUGCUUUCCUCUCGAUAUCGUGAGCGUCAUCUCCUAGGCAUAGGGUGGUCAGCAUGGUCCAUACGCUUAGCUAUCCCGUCCCGUUCCCCGUCCCUUCGAUCCCUUCAGGGUUCUGUGGACCUCGCACCAUCUUGGACAAACUCUGAGAUGUCUGGAGCUGGCAGCUGGGUGAGGGGUUGGGGAUCCAGGCUCUUGGCAAGGCGAGGAGGUCCCUGUACAGUGCGGGAGGGGGUUGACAGGACGGAGUGGUGCUGGCAGCAGCCCACUGUCAACCAGGUUUAGCGCCUCAAUGAUUGGCCGGCACUUGAACUUGUGCCCACCUUAUCCGUGCACGACCCACCCAAUUAGCAUCGCCGACGGGACCGGGGGUCGAUGCAUGCUCACCGCCUCUUCAACGGACUGCUGUGGAGCGGGUUGCGUGAGAAGAGAAGUGAGAAGAGGGAGAACGAGCCACUGGUCUUGUCUUGGUGGUGGUCCCUCCUCUUCCUGCAACUCCCCAAAGACAACCAUCGACAAACACCCUCUGGCUCCCAAGGACAGGACAGGACUGGACCCAAAGGACGAUAAGGCCGUGCAGCACUCAUACUCGGCCUUCACAAGCUUCUCGUCCUCUACCAGCCUCACCUCUCCUCUUUGUCACGACGUUACGACUGGGAGUCUUCGAGAGACCACGAGUACAGCAGAGGAACGACAAGCCGCGCUUGAUGCUUGUUAUGACAUGAACCUUUCCUGACCGACAAAUAUUGAUACGCCCAAAAAGAAAGAGCGGUGGCGGUCUGUCCACGCCCGCCCCUGGCACUCACGCUACAAUUCCAUCCGAACAACCUCCAAUCCCCUCUUUGCCAACCUCUCCUUUACAAUUUCUGGUUCCUGGUUCCGCUUCUGAUUAGCCACCAUGAACUUCGAGUUCAACAACACUGUUGGGGGGGACCCUUUGCUGGAGCAGCUCAGAUAUGAUCAUCGCGACCGCUACUCCUAUACCACUGCCGUCUCCUCCUCCGCUCCUCUCCAGAACAUCACCUCCACCGCCUUGACAACCAUGUCCCAGUCAAGUCGUCAAAGCCUGAGCCCAGUUACGAGCUGGCUUCCACUUGACCUCACCGGCACCAUGAGCGCGCCUGUGUCGGUUCACUCUCCCAACUCUGCCAGUGGAGCAGCUUCAUCGCCCGAUGACCACAGUGCCCAUUCACCGACUCACCAGAGCGCCAUGUCGAGCCCUCUUCAACAGCAGCACUCCCCAUACCACACAGCUGCCCACCAGAACCCAACAGGUCUCAUCUCGGACUGGCCUCUUCCCACCCAGCAAGCGACUACUGAUCUUUCUCAGUUUAUCCAGGACUCGGCUUUGAUGCACUUCAACCCUUUCAUGACCGGCUUUCAGCAGGGCGCCAUCGAGUAUCUUCCAGCGACCACUCAGGGCUUGGAGAAUCAAGGGUUACAGUUGGAGCCCGCGUUUUCCAUUUCACCAGUCGACGACGGCUCCCAGGCAUUGCAGUGGGGGACCUCUGGCAUGGCAAACUGGCAGGAUUUUGAGCCCAUUGGUUUCCACCCCGACGGUCUUCCACGGGGCGUGACAAGCAGUCUGGGAAGCCAUUCGCCCACGGGGACAUACUUGGAGGUUUUGUCGCUUGGUGGCAGCAGCGACAACGGGUGGACAACAGUUGACCCGAUGUUUCCGAACUACACCCAAAACGCUGCAAUUUUCAACCCAAGUCAAACCCUGCACUUGCGCAGCGAGUCGGGGUCAUCUACAUCUGACAGAAACUCUCUCGAGUUUGGCAGCUACGAAGAGGUCUCCUUCCCACCAUAUUCCCCUUACUCGCCUGGUUCCGACAGCUAUGUAGACCCAUCAUCGAACCACCGAAACUGUCCCCCUGGUGACCACCACCAUCAUCACCAGCACAACCACCAGCACAGCCACCAGCAACAUCACCCUCAUCAGCCCACAUCAACCGAACUGAUCAGUCCAGCCGCUGCUGUUGCCCCCAUGUCUAUCAAGACCGUCGCCGCCACCAGCAGACCAGUUGCCAGCGGUAGCGGAGCUGGGUCCGUCUCACCUCCCGCCAGAAGAAACUCUGGGACAAGAAAGAGCCCCAUUGCCAAGGCCACCAAGUCGGUAAUUCGGAGGACGUCAACCGGCAAGAAGGAUGGGACAGGCGAGAAGAAGGUUGGCAGGCGUCGUGGGCCUUUGCUUCCUGAGCAACGCAAGCAGGCCAGUGAAAUUAGGAAGCUUCGCGCUUGCCUUCGCUGCAAGUUCCUCAAGAAGACCUGUGACAAGGGCGAACCUUGUGCUGGUUGCCAGCCAUCUCACGCGCGUCUCUGGCAAGUUCCUUGCACUCGUAUUGACAUCAAGGAUAUCGGCUAUUUCAUGAAGGACUGGAAGGCUGAUUACGAGCGUCAUCUUGGCCGUGGAAUGUCGGUUUUCAACGUCAAGGGUUUCGCUCAAAAGGAGACCCUCAUGUGGAUCACCCAUGGCUAUGGCUUUGCUCUUCCAGUUAUGGUCCGCGAGGUGUAUGUGGCUGAUGACAGCUGCUUCCAGGUUGACUGGGUUGAGUCGACUUUGACCGAUCAAGAACCUAUUGAGUUUGACAUCCGCACGGAGCACCUUGAUGUUGGCCAGGAGGGUAUCUCGUCUGAGGCUCUCUCUGAAUACCUUGACAAGCACAUUGACGAGGGCUUCGAAAGAUUCAUUGACGACCACUUUGAGGGCACUCCUUUCAUCACCGACAUCUUCAAGACCGCAUACCGCUACUACGCCAAGGAAAGAUCGCCCGUCAUUCGCAAGGCUCUCAAGCUUGUUGUGGCUUACAACCUCACCCUUCACAUCACCAUGAUCGAGCAACCACAAACCGAGGCUGCUAUGGAGGGUCAGAUUGAUGACGAGGACUCAAAGUACUAUGGAAAGGUUGUGGCCCCUGUCAUGAUCAACUUCCAGAUCAAGUGCGCCAUGGCCGAUUUGUGGCGUGAGCUUCAGAAAGAUGUUCUGGAGGAACUCUCUGCGCUUUACUCUAGCGUGUACAGUGGUGAGCGCUUGAAGAACUGGCCAACCAUCUUCAUGCUCGCUUCCAUCCUUCUUGCCGUCUGGGAGGAGAUCCAGUUUGACUGCCACUACCGCGUGCCGGAUCCAGUUGCCGUUGAGAAGUUCUGCACCGACAUGGAGACUGUCCCAGUGGGUGUCAUUGUUGGUCUUUUCCACGCCAUCUCCCAGAAGCUUCCAUCAUUCACUGAGUGGGACACCCGGAGACACGGUCAGCUCUUGAAUAACAACCCUGCGGUCUGUGACGCCAUGACCGAAGUCAGACAGCACGUCAUCAAGCAUGAGUCUUACCUCCGGACGCGUGCGGACUCCAAGUUUGACCGUUAUGACUUUGAUUCAUUAUCAAACAAGCUCCUCUCAAAGCUCGUCAUCCGUGCCAACUAAGUGACGUUCUGCCUUUUGAACACGCACAAAAAACGUUCCAGCAUCGUCUCAGCAUGGAAAAAAGCGUCCCAUCAUGCCAUCACGAUACCAACAUCUGCGGUGGUUGAUCCGGAUCUUGCAUGUGGUUUUUUGCUUUUGGUGUUGUUUUUCCUGUUUUUUCAUCUGAUGAUUUUCUUUGGGGGUUCUUCUCAAGCUAAGCGACGGCGUUUAUUGCUUUUUUUGUACUGGUUUUCUGUUAACUCAUGUCAACAACACCCUUACGCUUCCAACUAUUUUUUUCACGACGGCACGGGCAAAACGACGUUACUCUCAUUCUCACGAACGAAACUUUCUUCACAAAACUUCUUUACUGUCUUUUAGAGAAAGGCCCUGCGGAUGCGGAAACGAACACAACGCAAUGCGAUUAUGACUCUACAUCUUUUUUUUUUUUCAUUCGAUUUUUUUAUAACGGAAAUGACUCCUCCUCAAUGCGAUCGAAUUAAGUUAAUCACAACAACAACAUUCAAUACGACGGGGCGCACAUCAUGAACCAAUUGCGAUGAGUUUCCCCCCCUCCCCUCCCCAACAAUGACAUGCUUGCAAGCGAGCACAAGAGCGAACUGCUAUUACUGGGAGGAAGAGAAGAAGAAAAUGGGCAGGUGUGGGAGGGAGUUUGGGAGUUUCAAGGGGGUUUCCAAAGGGGGCGGUUGAAUAGUUGAUGGAAGUGUGGCAGGACGAGGGUGAAGAUAUGUAGCUGAUGUUUUUUCAAAAGAGGAGAUGAUGAAUGGAAAGAUAAGAGGUUUAAAUUUUUGGUACCAAGAUCUGCUUCGCGCAAGUGAGGUAGAUGGGGGGAGAUGUGCUGCUGGGGAUGAUAAGCCAUAUAGAGAUGAAGAUGUGAUGUGAUGUGAUGUGGUAUGUGAAAUGGGACAAUGGGACAAUGUGAAUUUUGGUAUUGAUCAAACUAUUUCCAUGCG